AUGACGACCUCAGGAAAAGAGAAUUUCCGACUGAAGAGCUACAAGAACAAAUCCCUGAACCCGGAUGAGAUGCGCCGCAGGCGGGAGGAGGAGGGUCUGCAGCUACGGAAGCAGAAGAGAGAGGAACAGCUGUUCAAACGCCGAAAUGUUGCAACAGCUGAGGAAGAAGCGGAGGAGGAAGUGAUGUCAGAUGGUGGCUUCCACGAGGCACAGAUGAACAACAUGGAGAUGACAUCUAGUGCAGUCAUCACCUCUGAUAUGAUUGAGAUGAUUUUCUCCAAUAGUCCAGAGCAGCAGCUUUCAGCCACCCAGAAGUUCCGAAAGCUGCUUUCUAAAGAACCCAAUCCUCCAAUAGAUGAAGUCAUAAGCACGCCAGGAGUGGUGGCCAGGUUUGUGGAGUUCCUCAAACGAAAAGAAAACUGUACAUUACAGUUUGAAGCUGCGUGGGUGUUGACAAAUAUUGCCUCGGGAAAUUCCCUUCAGACCCGAAUAGUGAUCCAGGCAGGAGCCGUCCCCAUCUUCAUUGAGCUGCUCAGUUCAGAGUUUGAAGAUGUACAGGAACAGGCAGUAUGGGCUCUUGGCAACAUUGCUGGAGACAGCACUAUGUGCAGAGACUAUGUAUUGGACUGUAAUAUCCUGCCACCUUUAUUGCAAUUGCUUUCAAAACAGAACCGUCUCACUAUGACCCGAAAUGCUGUAUGGGCUCUUUCCAACCUCUGCAGAGGGAAAAAUCCUCCGCCAGAUUUUGCCAAGGUUUCACCUUGUCUAAGUGUGCUUUCCUGGCUGCUUUUUGUCAAUGAUACAGAUGUAUUAGCUGAUGCCUGCUGGGCUUUGUCCUAUUUGUCUGAUGGCCCCAAUGAUAAAAUCCAGGCUGUGAUUGAUGCAGGAGUCUGCAGAAGACUUGUGGAAUUGCUGAUGUAA